AUGGCGAAGGCGUCGCGGGUGCUGUUCUGCCUGGUUGCGGCCUCCGUACUCCUCACGCUGCUGCCGUGCGCAGUUCAUUCCGCCGACUCCGCCAACGUCUCUGCGGAAGAAGCGGCGGCAGCAGCGGCGGCGGAAUCCGCGAGGGCGACAGCAGAGGCGGUGGCGAAAGCGGCGGAGAGCGCGGCCGCCAAGGACGAGGCCGCGGAGAAGGCGGCGGAGGAGGCGGCGACGGCACGCGAGGGGGAUAAGGGCGCGGAGGAUGAGGCGCAAAGCCCGAUCCCGCCGGCGGUAGCGCAGGCGGAGAAGGCGGCAUCCGACAUUGUGCCCGACGGUGCGUGCAAGAAGGAGAUCGCGGAUUUCUGCGGCGAUCUGACGGUGGGCAAUCGGACGGUGGAGAGAUGCCUGACGGGGCAGGUGCAGCUGCUCAAAUCCAAGGGCGGACAAGGGGCAGGCAGCAUAUCGCCGGGGUGUCUACAGGAGGUAUACCAGUUCAAGAUAGAGCUGUACAAGAACAUCUCCCUCAAUAACGACAUGGCGGAGGCGUGCAGGGGCGACAUACAGCAGUACUGCAACGACGGCUUCCUCUACCCCGAACCCGGCAACGUCCUUGCAUGCCUCAGGGAGACGCGGGGGGCGGGCAAGCUAUCGGACGGGUGUGGGGAGGCGGUGUUGGAGGCGGAGGAGGAUGCGGCGGGGGACUUCCGCAUGGACCCGCAGCUGCACGCCCUCUGCUCCAACGACGCCGCCCGCCUCUGCAAGGACGUCGCCCCGGGCGAGGGGCGCGUGCAGGACUGCCUGAGGCAGCACCGCAGCAGUGUGAACUGGGACUGCCAGGCGGAGCUGUUCCGGCAGGAGGUGGAGAGCGCCGAUGACAUCCGCCUCAACGUGCGCCUCUUCAAAGCGUGUCUGGAGGACAAGAGGCGGUUCUGUGUGGACGUGGUGCCGGGGGAUGCGCGAGUGAAGGACUGCCUGGAGACGCACCGCCACGACUCCGACUUCUCCACACCCUGCAAGGAGGAGGUGGAGAGGAUGAUGGAGCGGCGGGCCUCUGACUUCCGCCUGGACACGGGCCUGCGCAAGUACUGCCACCGCGACAUAGUCGAGACGUGCUACCCGGAUGCGGACGACAUAAGUGACGUGGCGUCGUGGGACAGCCGCGUGAUAGAGUGUCUGCAGGACUACCGGCGCGAGCUCAAGGACCCGCGGUGCCGCCAGCAGGUGCACCUGCUCACUCAGAGGGCUGCUGAGGACGUGCGCUUUGACCACCCGCUGCAGCAGGCCUGCCAGGAGGACCGCGAGGUGGUGUGUGCGGGGGUGCCGGACGGCAAUGCGCGGGUGUUCAUGUGUCUGCAGGAGAACCGCCAUAAGCUCAAACCCGUGUGUCGCACCGCGCUCUUUGAACAGGAGAUCCGGUACGCGGAGGACAUCGACUUCAAGUUCCCCAUGCGCCAGGCCUGCCAGGACGAGCUGCUGCGCCUCUGCAAGGAUGACAAGGGUGGGGGCGACACGAUAGCAUGUCUGCAGAAGCACGAGGGGGACGAGGACAUGGGCGAGCAGUGCAAGAAGGAGGUCAAGAAGGAUGAGGAGCGCAGCGCACACGACUUCCGCCUGAACUACAAGUUGAACCGCGCAUGUUUCAGUGACGUGCAGCACCUGUGCAUGCACUCGUGCGAGCCCAGGAACGACUCCUUCACCUCCGCUGCUGGCCCCUCGGGCGACCAGUGCGGGGGGCGCGUGCUGCAGUGCCUGGCGGGCAACGCGACCCUCAUCGCCAGCCCCGAGUGCAGGGAGGAGGUAGCGUACUUUGAGCGCCGCGAGGUGGGCGAUGUCAUGCUGGACGUGCCUCUGCAGCGCGCGUGUGUGGAUGACAUCGGUGCGCUGUGCGGCCUGCAGCGCGACCACAGCAAGGUGCUCUCUUGUCUGCGGCAGCACCGCGCGCAGCUCAAGCCGGAGUGCCGCGACGAGGAGCUGCGGUUCUCAGCCAUGGAGGCGUCAGACAUCCGCCUCACGCCUUCGCUCAUGAACGCCUGUGGGCUGGAGCUGCAUACGUUCUGCCGCGGCGUGCCGCCCAGCGAGGGCAAGGCGUUCCGCUGCCUGCAGACCAGCCUGGGCCAGGAGAGCAUGGGGGUGGCGUGUCGCUCUGAGGUGGCGCUGCAGACGGUGCGCGAGUCACAGUUCUACCUUGCUGACGUGGCGCUGGCGCUGCAGUGCCAGGUGGACAUCACCAAGACGUGCAGCGCGGCGGCCAACAGCACGGCGGACGGCGACGGGGAGGUGAUAGCGUGCCUGGUGCAGCACUAUGAUGGGCUCUCCGGGAAAUGCCAGACCGAGGUGGCAUACCUGGUGCGCAUGGCCCUGUGGGUGUACCACCCCGCCAACAACCUCACCAUGCGGUGCGCUGCUGACAUCGCCGCCCUCUGCCCCAACGCCACCUCCUCCACCACCAUCUCCACUGCGGUGUCGCAUGCAGCGCAGGGAGUGGUGGUGGCGGAGGUGGGGCAGUGCCUGGUGGACCAGCCGCUGGCAAAGCUGAGCAGCGAGUCGUGCCGGCAGCUGGUGGCCGUGGUGGGCGUGGCGGGCGCACAUGUGGGCGGGGUGGUGGACGAGGCCCGCCUCGAAGCCACUCUUGCUGAGAUCGCUCAGGUGACACGCUGGUUCAGGUUUGACAUGGAAUGUGAUCAUUCACCAGUGCUGCACGCGAGUUGCGAGCCAUCGCCUUUCAGUGUCUGCAUCAUUCAUGCUCCCUGCAAAUCCCUUCUGCGUCACUGCCCCACCUGGCCUCUGCUCCUCACCUUUGUUCGUUCCUCCCUUCUCCCUACCCUCACUUGCACUUCUCCUGCACUGCCCUCCGCUUGCCCCUCUCUGAACGUGCAGCUGGGAGCUAUAGAGCAGCAGCAGCAGCAGGGGGAGGCGGGUGCCGUGGUGCUGACGGGGUGGACGGCGCUGCUGGCAGUGCUGGCGCUCUCCUUGCUGCUCAUUGGUGCCGGCAUCUAUGCUCACCACCGCUUCUUCAGCCCCACGCGCGACUACACUCUAGUUGUGCAGGAGGGAGGUGUCAAGGAGGGGGAUCCUGCCCCGUCGUCACGCUCCUUACCCGUCCGCGCCCCACCCUGCCCCUUACCCUCGCGCGCAGCCCGCGCGCCCCCCCCUAGCUCGCACGGUCGCACGCGCGCGCAGCCACGCAUAUGCAGCAGCGCACGCGCACGCGGGUGCACGUGCGCCAGCAGUACGAAUAGCAGCCGCGCACUGCAGCUGCCGUCCGCACGCACGCUCGCCACGCGCGCACAGCAGCGUCAACACGCGCAGCAGCAGCCGCACGCGUUGCAGCAGCCGCACGCGCUGCAGCAGCCGCGAGCACGCACGUCACUGCACGCGUGCGAGCAGCAGCCUCUCACGCACGCAGCAGCCAUUGCACGCACGGUUUCAGCAGCAGCUGCACACUCCUCUGCAGCCACUCGCACGCACGCCCUGCAGCAGCCGCAGCCACGCGCGUGCAGCGGCAGCAAGCGCAGCACCUGCCUCCGCAUCUGCAGCGAGCGCAGCAGCUGCAGCCCGUGCUCCAGAAUCCGUUCCUACCCACUACUAUCCGCCCCUACCAGCUCCUUACCACUCCUAUCCGCCUCUACCCGCUCCUCACCGCUCCUCACCGUUCCUAACCGCUCAUACCCGCCUCUAACCGCUCCUCACCGCUCCUAA